AGCCACAGUCUUUUGGCAUGACUAAUGACACCUAUGAUGUUCAGCGGCAGCUCCAAUCUGAAAGCAUCAUUAGAGAGGUGGAUAAUGCUUGUGCCCCAUCAGUUGAUGAUCAUAGCUACAUGGACAGUAAGGUACAGGAAGUUCCAGAAGAUUCCCUGCAAUCAGAACUGAAGAGUGGUCGGCGCAAGCCUGCAAGGCAACGCAAGUCAGGAGUGUAUAGAACGCGUUCUGUCAAGGAUGUUGUUAAAGAUGCAAAGGUUUUUCUUGAAAGAUCAGAAUUGAAUGCUAAUGCCCAGACUGAAGCUAUUGACCAUAUCAAUGAAGAAAGCAAGGGUGAUUCCAGUCGUGCUGAGAAAUCUGCUGGUAACAAUGCAAGGAAGAGGCAACAUGCACAAACCUCAAGGAUAACAGAGAGUGAGCAGGAUGAUGGCAAUAGUGAAGAGCAUUCAGAAAGUGUCACAGCUGGUGGACGCAGGAAGAGGCGUCAAACAGCUACUUCAGUCAUGCAAACUCCAGGAGAGAAGCGAUACAAUCUCAGACGACAUAAGACUGCAGGGAUAGUCACAGCAGCAUACACCUCAGCUGACCUGACAAAGUCAAAGGGGAAAGAAGCCACUGAUGGUGAUGCAGUGGAAGUAGCACCAACACCUGAAGGUGUUUCUGCACCAUCAUCGAGCGUUGCUGGUAAGAAUGGCCAAAUUACAGGAUUGGUACAAGUUACAACAGUUAAAAGUGUGGAGAUCUCCGAGGAUAGAGUUGUUCGGUUUAAAACACCAUCAGACAUUGAUAAUGACGAUGGCGAUGUGGCAAAAUCGAUUGAAAAUGCCCAUUUGAGUGAGGAAGUAAAUGGUACCCCUGAAUAUGGCAAUGAAGAUGAGAAUGUGAGCACAAUCCAUGAAGCUGAGGAUAACUCUGAUGACGAUGAUGAUGAGUUAGAGCAUCCUGGUGAAGCUUCAAUAGGAAGGAAGUUAUGGACUUUCUUCACAACAUGAUGACUGCAGUAGUGUCUUCAGUUCACUCUUAGGAACUCCUCUUUCUCUCUCUCUUCUGUGUAUCAAAAUUGUGGAGUUCAUGUAAACUUUAGGGAUUCUAGCUUUAGUUAGAUUUUAAAGCAUUUUGUGGUUUUCCCUUUCCUUUUGGUCUUGUGUAUUUUGGGGAAUAGAAAAGAUUGCAGGAUAGCAUAAAGGAGGGUUCUAUUCUAGCUGUCAGACACUGGGGGGUGCAUGAUGUGCUGCUAGUUUCAGCAUGCCCAAGUUGAUUUUCUUUGUAUCCUGAUCGAUGGUGCAACUUCCACAUUUUUUAUCCUAAAUUGCUGGUCCGAUUUCCCUGUCUUCUAAUCUUUUUACACCUUGCUGAAAUCAGGAUGAUCAUGUAUGUGCGUUAUGGCAUAUAUGCACAACUACAUGCAUGAUGUAUAAUUCUAUUGGGGCAAAAUAUCUGUAUUUGAAGAAAAUUAUGUAUGUACUUUAUGGCAUAUAUACAUAACUACAAGCAAUGAUGUAUAA